GGACUCGGCCUUCUGACUAUGGUCCUUGGAGAUGAUGUCAAUGGUUGUUACAAUUACGCUUCACCCAGCACAGGAUUGCCAGGAAACAUCUGUCGCUGCCCUGACGGCUUUUCAAAGACCCAGCCAGGCGAGACAUGUUGGAGAAACGACAAUGACCCGGAAUGCAGCAAUCCUCUGGUUGAGAUAGCAUGUAUCUCCUAGAGUACAUCUCUUUCUGAACAGACCUCAGGCA